CGCUCGCCUCCGUUCAGUCAGGUUCGGGUCGAAGCUUGGAUCAGUAGGUUCGAGAGUUCGGCGCCCAACGCGCGUCAUCUAGUCGAGUUACAUGUUUGAAAGGACGUAUUUUUUUCAAUUAGCCAAUUUCGGAUUCAGGUAGUGUCUGUGUGUUUCCUUGGAGUGACCAUUAACGGCCUAACCAUUCCCAUCCCCAGUGCCAAACCGGACGACUCGUCCGGCGCCGCUACCCCUGAGGACAUGGGUCACCACCAGCCACCUCAAGAUACUCAUGCGCUGUUGAUAGAUGCAUUUCUGCAGAACAACCGGCUGGACCAUGUGACCCAGGUGAUGGGCCUACAUCCCAAGUAUCUGGACGUGUUUCUGAGGACUCAGAACUUCAUUCUGCGAGGGGAUGGUCCACUACCUUACGACUAUAGGCACUAUAUUGCUAUCAUGGCUGCUGGGAGACAUCAGUGCAGUUACCUGGUGCAGUUGCAGAAACAGGAGUUCCUCAUGCAGGGAGGGGACAAGACUUGGCUGAAGGGCUUGGCACACAUCCCUCAGAAGCUGCGGAACCUGUACGAGAUCAACAAGAUUUUGGCUCACCGGCCAUGGCUGCUCAACAAGUCCCACAUCAAGAUGUUGACGAAGGGCACAGACAACUGGUCUCUGUCAGAGGUGGUUCACGCCAUUGUGUUGUUGGUCCACUUCCACUGUUUGUGCAGCUUCGUGUACGGCUGCGGAGUGAGUGAAGAAGUGGACGCGAGCGAGACGACCGACACCAUCAGCUCCGAGGGCUACACUAGUGAUAUGGACACCGGUGUGGGCGUGGACACACUCAUGCAGCGGAUGAAAACACUGUCAGAGCAGCAGGAGGAGUUCUCCGCAGAGGAGCGAGCCAAGCGCUUUGAGAGAGUGGAGCUGCAGAGUGUAGAACUAGGCACCAGCGCAGGUCUCCGUAUCACGCCGAGCAUCGGACACUUUGUGGAUGACCCAGACUUUAUAUACGAGGAUUUUGCCAGAAGAGGGGAAGACUCUACGAUACCUACGUUUAGAGUUCAGGACUACUCGUGGGAUGACCAAGGUUACUCCCUAGUGAACCGUCUGUACAAUGAUGUAGGCAACUUGCUGGAUGACAAGUUCAAAACAGCCUACAACCUGACGUACUACACGAUGGGAGGUCGCAGGGAUGUAGACACAUCACGGUUCCGUCGUGCCAUCUGGAACUACAUCCACUGUAUGUUCGGCAUCAUGCAUGACGACUACAACUAUGGAGAAGUGAACCAUCUGCUGGAGAGGUCUCUGAAAUCCUUUAUCAAAUCAACUUGUUGUUUCCCCGAGCGCACAACCAAGGCUGAUUAUGACAGGGUCCUUAGAGAGUUUAAACACAGUGAGAAGGUCCAUGUGAACAUAAUGGUGUUAGAAGCUCGUAUGCAGGCAGAGUUACUGUACGCACUUCGAGUCAUCAUGAGAUACAUGACGUAACACAGUGCCUACAACAUCUUGUGUAUAGAACUAUGUUAACCAAUUCGAUUUUAAGGGUCAUUAUAUGAUUUAGUUUCAAAAUGUGAUUUGUGGCGUACGAUUUAAGCCUGGUCAUAAUGUGUUUUGUACGUGAAGAUUUAUAUUUUAGAAUGCGCUAAUUUUAAUCAAUACUCUUUUUUUAUGUGUUAAGACGUGUACCAAACAGUAUGCUAGUAAAUUUUGCUCCCAAACAAUAAACUUAAAAAUAAGCUAUACAGAUUGUAAAGCAGAAAAAUGGCCCAGAAAAUUAAAGAAGUGUCUUUCAUUCCUAUUGACUGUUGGUCAAAACUUUGCAAUGACCAUAAUCUAAAAAGAAAUCAUUUUUCUGCAGAAACACAAUCACAUCAUUGAUAGUUUACUUUUGAACGUAGAUUGUUUCAUAUUUAAAUUGGUCUUUGGAAAGUCAAUACUAAAUUUCUAAUGUAUACCUGGUUAUUUUUCUCUUGUUCCGAUGUUUUUCUUAGCAUUUUACCAUACUGGUUUGUAUAAGACCUAAUAAUUAUAAACAAAAAAUCCUGCCUAGUAAGAAUCACUGUAAAGGCCAAAGGGUUUACAUUAUUUCAAUUAAUUUUCAUUAUCAUUUCAGAUUUAUUUAUUCUCAUCUCACUUUAUCUAAACCUCAUCUUAGCAGAUUUUCAAGUUGAAUAUUUCACUAUUUAACGCAUAACUUUUGUAACAUAGGGAGAUCGACAAAACUUUGUCUUGAUACUUUUUGAAACAAGAAAACCAUUGAUGUUUGAGCUUGUAGUAUUGAAGUAUUAUGGUCCAGGAGAACCAGUAGUUGCCUGAUCUCAACACCCUUCUCCUGUCAUUUAGAUUUAGUACAUCGUAUUGUUAUUAAUUUGUUGCAUAAACUUCAUGACUAAUUGCUUCCUCAUCUACAGUCUAAUUUGAAAUAGAAUUUAAAAUGUUCAUGAUUGAUAUAGUUUUUUGUUAGUAAAAAUUUAAUUCAAACCAACUGUCAUUGUAAAAUAGGGGGUUAUUCAAAUUAAAUUAUUACAAACUUCUUAAUUGAUAAACUUGAAAAACAAAAUCAAAAUUUGAUUUACUUUCAUUGUAGAAUGCAUGGUCUUAGGAAUUGAUGCCUGGCAAAUGAUUAUGACCUUUUGCAUCAUCAAAUAAUGUAAAUCACAUAAAUAAACCAAUCUCAAGUAUUUAAGUCAUAGCUAUUAUCUAUUAUCAGGUUUCUGUUACAGGGUUAAAGCAUAUUGGCGUGCUAAGCUAUUGGGGAUUAUAAAAUACAUAAAAAAUUCUGGAUGUUUAAUUGCACUUUUAUAGCAACAAUGUUUGUUUUCAAAAAUAUCCUUUGUAGCUUGAAUAAUUGAGUCAAAUAAAUUGAUAGAAGCUUUUGUAACACAGUUACAAAACCAUUAACAUCAGUUUGGUGUGUAUUUAUGAGAGGAUUGUGAAUUUCUGACAAAAUCAAUUCAAAGAUUUGAGCAUCAAUAAUAACCCAAUUAGCAUUGCCUUUCUGCUGCCUUGUACAAACCCUGUUUGUAAUUAGUGUCAAAUACUUUAUGACUUGAUUUUAACUAGAAUCAGAAAUACUUUUGUAUUUUAGGACAGGGGACUCCAAACUAUGGCUCGUGUUGGCAUGGGCAAUGUGUGAUAUGAGUAGCCGUAUUUUCGGGCCUUAUUUUCCAAUAUAUUUCUCUGUCUCUAUCUUAAAUAAUAUUGGACUGACAAUAAUUUGAAAAAUUAAAGUGUUUGUUUGAUGGUAAUUGUUAUGGUAGCAACUUUAUUUGAUACAAUUCAUUAUUUGUUUGUAGUGGUUGUUUUGCACAUUAUAUUUUAGUGAUGAGGGAUAUCUCUCUACACGUAAUCACUUUUAAGAAUAAUCUGUUAGGUAUUUUCUUAAUUAUUUGACUAAGCUUUCAGAUCUUUGUAAAAACCAACAGGAAAAUAACAACUCAAAAUUACACCAACCCGAAAAAGGGGUUUUGCUUUUAAACCCCCAAGAGAAAAAGUUUAAUCUCUUUGGGUUUCAGAUUGUAAGCAAGAGAUUAAACCUUUUUCUUUGUCAAAAUGAUUAAAAUGUCCACUUUGCAAGUAACGUUUUACAAAAAUUUCUAGGGAGGGCUCCCCUCUACCCUUGGUGGGUAUUCCAUACUGUCUGGCCUCCAAGGUAUUAAAAUCUGGCACUUACAUAAACAAUGUUGGAGACCCCUGUUUUAGGAUAACAAAAUCUUAUACUCUGUUAUUAAACACUUUACCUAUGUGAAUUACUAAGUGAAUAUUUUUAUAUGAGCACUCUGGUCAGAAGUUUAUCAGAACAUCACACGCGUGACUGUGAUGAAGUUCUCGUCUUUUCUUGUGAUAGUAGACUUUUUAGCUGUUAUGUUAAGUCAUCUUGUCAUUACUCAUGUUUUUAUCUCUUUUAAAAAUGUUAGCGAUUUUGUAUAUUUAAAAACAUUGUUAAAUAUUUUGUCACAGAAACAAAAAUUUAUUACUGUUAAGCUAAUGUGUCAAGUGGCAUUUUCAAAAAUAAAAUUAUAGAUUUUAUUGCCGUU